AUCUUUCAUCUUAUCCCAGUAACCCUCCUCUCAACCACACAUCCUUUCCCAUUCUCCCUUGACUACCUGCCAGUGUCCCCCUAGAACACUGUUACCUACGAUCCCACCUUCCAUUACCACUCUGCCUCUUUCCCCAUCUCCUAGCCUCCACUAUCUCCCUUCUCCCUAUCUCCCAGUACUUCCUAUGUCCUAGUCUUUCCCCAGUGUCGGUCUAUGCCAACAUGCCUUCUCUUCCAGUCUUCCCUGAAUCCCUUUUCUCCCCCAUCCCCCAUCCUGUCUCAUAGUAUCCCACACACACUACCACCUUUCUUUACUCCUCUCAGUCUUUCCCUUCUGUCUCUCCUCUUCAUCCUCCUCUUCUCCCCCUCUCCUCCCAAUUUCUCAAACUUUCUGUCUCCAAAUUUCCCCCUACUCCAUUUCUCCAGUCUUCCCCUUCUGUUGCCUCUGCUCCUAGAAUAUCCUGUUUUUUCCCUCCUCUCGUCCCAAACCUCAGAUGUCUCCUUAACUCUCUCAUCCCUUAUUCUCCCCCGUCAAUUUCCACUCCCUCCCUCAGGAGUCCCUGUGUUCAAUCUUCUUCUAUCCUGUUGCUGAUCUAGGACGAACAGGCUCUGUCUCCUCAAUUAAUGGUGUGUGUGUGUGUGUGUGUGUGUACCUUUAAUGAAGUGUAGGGGGAUUCUGGAACUCCUUCCUCAUAGAGACCCUGGACCCCCCUCCCCCACUAACCCUCCAUCUCCCCACCCCAAGCGGGAGGUGCUAGAGUAGGACGGCUGAGCUGUGUGUGAGCCACGCAGGUGGGGGGUUCCCCUCAAAUGGAGGGACUCAUCCUGAAGAGCAGGCUAGCUGAGCUGGGCGUGAGCCAUACAGGUAGGGGAUUCCCCUUAAAUGGAGGGGACUUGUCCCGAGGAGCAGGCUAGCUGGACUGGGCGUGGGCCACGCAGGUGGGGGGACAAAAUGUGGGGAGGGUUCCCCUCAAAGGGAAGGGUUUCGAUGUGACCCAGGAAGAAAGGAGUGGGUGGGGAGGACCCUCUCCACACCUGGAAUCCCAGCCCUGCCACACCCCCUGGCCUGUAGCAGCCCCUGGAUGGGGGUGAAGAGAAGCCUUCAGAGUGCCGGCCUGUCGCUGGGAGUCUUGGCCAACAUCCUCGUCGUGCUGGCCACCGCCACCGACUUUUGGAGCCGCUUCUCCGAUGGCCACAAUGGACUGUGGCGGAUGUGUCGAAAGAACAGUUGUACCAAGGCCUCUUGCGAGACCAUGCUGGCGGUGACAGCGGCCUGUGUGGUGUUGGCAGCUGGUUCGGGUCUCGUGGCCACAGUGCUGGGCGUCCGAGUCCUGCACGCAUCCCUCAACGGGAACCUUAUCCCACCCCGGGGCCGGAACGCCUGCCUGGUCUUCUUUCUGAGCGCGCUGCUGCUGCUGACAGGCAUGGUGGGCUAUACUGCGAGGGACGUGUGGAAGCUGGACAGCUUCUUCUCCUGGUCCUACUUCACCGCCUGGCUAGCCCUGCCCUUCUCCAUCCUCGCAGGUCCUACCCCCGCCUGCCCUUUGGCCCCGCCCCCGUGCGCAUCCUUCCGGACUCGCUCCCGCACAUGCGCAACGAAGGCACAAUUUGGGAGGAAAGACGGUUGGGGCUCCAGACCUUGCACCCUCGUUUGGGUCUUGGAGGUCCACCCUACCAUCUGUGUGCCCUUUGCCCGCCAUUGGGGUCCAAGUCUCGAAGCCCGCACACACCUACUCCCUUCAUUGGCCCGUGGUCGAGCGCCCCUCCCCAAGCUUCCAAGGCAUUUGGUGCUGAUUGGAGGAGAGACUGCGAGGGGGCGGGAUGAUCUCAUAACGUACUUUCUGAUUGGUGGAGGGCGGCAGGGCCUUGUGGGGAGGAGUGUUGGGUAAAAGAGACCGCAGCAGUUUUGGA